UUUGCAAGCAGAUUUCAACAAAGUUCAUUUAUUACAGAGGCAUCAACUAGUUAACGUCUAAAAUUUGCAUCGGCGGUUAAUAUUACUGUGAUACGGUCUUCAAGAUGCAGCUUUUGUUAGGUGUAGUUUUAUCGAUUUUCAUAAAGUUUUCCACAAGUGUCGAUGUUCCCCCCUAUGUAAAGCAGUGCUACGAAGGCGACCCAGAGGUAAUAAAAUGUUUCAUCAGCGCUUUGCAUCACCUGAAACCAUAUUUAGCGAAAGGAAUACCAGAUAUAGCAUUACCGUCAGUGGAACCAUUCAUCAUGGAGGAAUUAUCCUUAUCGCUUACCACGGGACCCAACGGAUACAAAGUCUCAUUGAAAGACAUUGAUAUAUUUGGAGCAAGUAACUUUACAAUGUCCAAAUUAAAAUUAAGUGAAAAUGGAAAACCAUUUGAAGCAAUAAUCAACAUCCCUUUUCUACAAAUUCAUUCGAGAUAUCAAAGCAGUGGAGUUCUAAUUAUUUUACCAGCUAGUGGGAACGGAACAUUUCACGGAAAAUUAGAGGAAAUUAAAGCAACCAUCAAUGGAAAAGCUAGCAUAAACGAGAAAGAUAAUUUAAAAUAUUUACAUGUAGAUACCCUGGAUGUAAACAUUCUUGUUAAAAAUGUGCACUUGUCUGUGAGCAAUAUUUAUAGAAAUAAUUUAAUAUUAACUCAAGCUAUAAAUCUAUUUCUUCGAGAAAAUGGAAUGGAAGUUUUUAAAGUGAUGCUGCCUCAACUUAAGAAAAAACUUUCUGGACUCUUCAUGGGCAUAUCCAAUCAGUUACUAACUAACGUCCCUUUAGAUACAUUCUAUGUACCUCUAGCUCAACAAACAACCUAAUUCCAUAAAAAAUAGUGGCCCUUUGUAAAUUAUUGCCAUACAUAUAAGUUUUCUAUAAAAAAAGUAGACACCAAAAUUGUUAUAUUACGCACCCAAUUGUUUUAGAACUAAUUAAAAAUAA